AUGUUUUCUUAUCAUCUUUUUAAACAAUGUCUCGUCCUUUGGCUUUUCAUUAUCAUCGACUUGGUUGCUGUAAGCCUCACGCCGGACCCAUUGACUCUAAAUUUCGGCUCCUUCAGCAAUCGUACGACCUACGUGAUCGCUGCUGAGCUGGGCUAUUUCGAGAAUGUCGAUCUUGUUGUCAAGCAAACAGACGUGGCAAGCUCAACCUCCGCAUACAACAGUGUGGUCAAUGGUACACUCGACCUUUUAGAUGGCACUUUCGACAAUAUAAUCGACAAACGUAUAAAUCAAGGCCAACAGCUCUCAGCAAUAGCCCAGCUCGACCAAGGGGACGGCCUAGUACUUGUCGGCUCCCAGGACAUCAAAAGUGUUGAGCAGUUGCGGGGAAAAUCCCUCCUAGUCGACAGCCCUACAAGUGGGUUUGUCUUCCUUGCCAGGAGGAUCCUAGGUCUCUACGGCUUGCAAUAUCCCAAGGACUACAAGAUUGAGGUCCUAGGCGCACAACGCACCACGCGCCUCCUUGCCGGCGGCGCAGCAACGAUAAACUCCUACGCCGUCUUCGCCAACCUCCUCACCACUCUAAACACCACAAACGCCACAACACAACCCCGACUCAACACUCUAGCCCGCGCCCAAGACUUCGUAGAUCCCUUCUCCAAUCGCGUGCUAACCGUCGCUUCCGCCACCCUCUCACACCCUACUAGUGAGAAGUAUCAAGCAAUCCAACGUUUCGUGACAGCCUUGCUACGCGCCAACGCCUACCUUAACGAUCCGGAAAACAGGGAAAGCGUAGUAAGAUUGUUGCAAAGAUCUGGGGGACUUGGAAGGAAGGCGGCGGAGGGCGUAUAUGACUAUUCGACUAGCCGCGAAGUGGGAGAAGUGACAAAGGAUCAGGAGGCGAUAUUUCAGGUCAGUAGAUUGGGGUUGCUGAAUGUGAUUGAUAUAAGGAGACAGUUUGAGGGGUUCAUGGGAUUGGAAGCGGGGUUUAAUUUUGUCGAGGCGAUUAUGCCGGGAGAGGGGAAGUUGAUUAAUUAUAGGGUUAGGGAUGCAGCGGUGCAGAAUGUUUAG